AUGGAAAAACAAAUCAAAAAAGAAGACAAAUCAAAGUCUAAAGGCGAGACUGUUCUUUUAAGAUAUCCAAUGCCAAAAUACAGUUUUCAGGGAAGAAAAUUAGAAAAAACAGAUGUAGAGAAAAGAGAAGAAGGAAAAAAUCCCAUUCAACAGAAAAGUCAGACUGAAAAUAAUCAAAAAAGUCUCACUGAAAAUCAACAGAAAAGUCUUACUAAGAAACAACUGUCACAUAAAAAUCUGACUGAAAAAAAUCAAAACACAACAGAUCAAAAAGUAAUUUCUUCAAAUAGAACACAUCCAAUAGAAAGCCCUAUAAAGACAACAUCACAUUCUAACCAAUAUUCUUUCAAUGUUCAGAAACCUAGUCAUUCUGUUGCACCUAAACCUAAAGAAAACAACCCUAGUCUUCCAGUAUCUAAUAACAUUCCUGGUGCAUUGAGCAAACCCAUCAAUAUAGUCACACCAGCAACCAGUAAAUCAGCUAUAAGUUUACCAGUUAAUAAUGAGGCCUGUAUUUCACCAAAUCUGUCACAUCAACAACCAAGGAAUAAAGAUAAGGAAAUACGUCUGGAAACAGAAGUGGAAUCAUUGAAAUCUCAACUUGAAGUACAGUUACAGGUAAAUUCAGAAUUGAAAAGACUUUUAUUAGCAUCUAUGGGAGAAGAAUUGAAGGAUGAUGUAGAAAAGUUAGCAAGAGACAAGGCUCAGCUGUCAUUAGAAUUGGGUGAUCAUGUUCGAAAGAUGACAGAAGAUUAUGAACAUUUAGAUAAGAUAUCAAUACAAGCUGAUAUGUGGCGAAGUAAAUUUUUAGCUAGUCGAGUAAUGAUAGAUGAGUUAGCCAAUGCCAAAGCAUUCUAUUCAUUGCAAUAUCAAGAAUCUCAAGAUGUUCUACAACAAUUAUUAAACGAGCGACAUGAAAUCAGAACAAGUUUACUAGAGGGAUACAAUGAAAUUUGGCCAGGAAAAGUGAAUAUUUGUGAUCUAUUUUAUUUGAUGAAUUGA